GCUUGAGGAGGUAUGUUGCCUGGGUUGAAAAUCGGCAGCUGCUGCAAAGAGCUGAGGCGCAGGCGAAGUGCAAUGUGACCGAUUCAUAGGAACUAAACAGAACGACAAUCCGGGAUCGUAGUGGAUCGUAGUGAGGCUGAGGAUGAUCUCCCGCAGCCAGGUCCACGUAUUGAGAUGAUCUAUUUCUGUGAUGGCGAAGGGUCUGUUUCCUCGGGCCUGGGUGAAAAAGUCUUUCUACUUCCAGGCUCGGAUCUCGUUUGUGCGGGUGAAGUAUCUGUUCCUCACAUGGCUGACGGUGCUGGUGGGGAGCUGGGUGAUCUACGUGCAAUACUCCACCUACACAGAGCUGUGCAGAGGACACGAGUGCAGGAACGCCAUUUGUGAUAAGUACAAGAAGGGAAUCAUCGAUGGCUCUGCCUGCAGCAGUCUGUGUGACAAACAAACACUCUACCUUAGCAGGUGUCUCUCAGCGCUGCCAAAUAACCAGGUUUACACAGGAAGCUGGGGAGACCGUGAUGGGAUCAUCCGCUGCAAGUUGGGGGAGGUGGUGCACUACGAGCUGGGCGAGGAGCCGGAGCCGCGGAGGGAAGCCCCCGUGUUCGACAAACCCACCCGAGGAACAUCGGUGGAGAAGUUUAGAGAGAUGGUCUUUAAUCACCUCAAGUCCAAGCUCGGAGAGCAGGCUAACCUCGCCAGCCUCGUCAACCAGAUCCUCUCUGUCGCUGAUGGCAACAAAGAUGGACGGGUGUCCCUGCCAGAAGCCCGCUCGACGUGGGCCCUGCUGCAGAUGCAUGAGGUACUGCUGGGCCUGCUGCUCCAGGACCGUGGACACACUCCUCGUUUCCUGGGUUACUGUGGGGACUUGUACAUGACAGAGCGAGUCCACUACGGGCCCCUGUAUGGUCUGUCCCUGCCCUGGCCGCUGGUAUCGUGGGUGCCCAACGGCGUGCAGCGCACCAUGGAUCAGUGGUUCACCCCCUCGUGGCCUCGUAAAGCUAAGAUCUCCAUGGGGCUGCUGGAGCUGGUGGAGGACAUCUUCCACGGCACCUACGGCAGCUUCCUGAUCUGUGACCUCGCAGCCGCUCACUUUGGUUACACCGACCGCCACGAGAUCCGUCUAACCAACCCACAAGCGGUGGUACCUGAGGACGAGUUCAGGCGCUCCAUGCGGGCGAUGAAGUGCGAGUCAGAUGCUGACUGUGUGUACGGGGUGGACUGCCGAACGUCAUGUGACGUGGCAGAGAAACGCUGCAGGGAGGAACCGGUUCAGCCAAACCUAGCGAAGGCUUGCGGUACAUUGAAGGACUACAUCCUGCGGGGGGCGCCGUCAGGGCUGAGGGAGGAGCUGGAGAGGCAGCUGUAUGCCUGUAUGGCUCUGAAGGGGAACGCUGGACAGAUGAACAUGGAGCACUCACUCAUCCUCAACAACCUGAAGGCUCUGCUGUGGAGACAGAUCUCACACACCAAGGACUCGUGAGGACAGGUAGUCCCCUGAAAUCAGGCCAGUCAGUUUCCUCACAGGGGAGCUGAGGAUUCAAGAUGCUGUGAUUUAAUAUAGCAAAUAUAAUGACGUUUUUUUUUUUUUUUUAGCAACUCGUAACACUUAUGUCAGACUGAAGGAGAUUCUACCUCCUGUUUUCUGAAGCUUGAGGCCUGGAAAAUGUGAGAAUACGUUCAGAUUGAAGACUGAAAUGAACUGAAUGAUUGCAUGUUUCCAUCAGCUGCACUUAAAAUAGGCAACCACCACAUCGUGUUGCAUUGUAUUGUUCACCACAGAGGAAUGUUAGAAGGGCACUGCUGGAAAAACAAAAACGACCUGUAAACAGAUUUUAACGUUGUUAGUCUCAAGAGCUGCUUUUGCCACGAGAUGUUGCUGAUGGGCUCACGAGGUCAUUGAAGAGGUGUCUGCUGUUUAGAUUUCAAAAUCUGUUCAUGGUGAUAUUCUAUAUUUGUUUUAUCUGAUGAAAAGACAAAAAAAGAAAAAUAGCCGUGUGUUAGUUCAGCUCUCAGAUCCUGCGAGCUCUCGUGUGCUCCUGAGAAAGUCCUGUUGUCCUCGAGGUGGGAGCGUUGAUAGUGCUCCGGGACGUUCUUGAAAAGUGAGCUGAAAAGAUAGGAUUUAUCUGACUUCCUUGACAGACUAAAUAUUCCUCCAGGUGUCUGGUUAUCAGACUAAAACCAUUUAUUUUCAAACUAAUCUAGAUCACCUGGACAGAAGUUAUAACGGCGCAUCUUUUAGUAAACAUUGGCGCGGGAAAAAAUAUUAUUUAAUGAUGAAAUGAGGUUUUCUAGUGUUUCACACUUUCUUUUUGUCUGGGGUGUUUGUGAAUUCUCCCAGUACGUUACACAGAUUUUACAGUGAUGUGAAUUUUUUAAGUAGUCAACCAUAAUUACACAACAAUCCUCUGGGCCUACUCAUGAUGUAAAUAUUUGAACAAAAUUAUUUUUCUGUUUAGGAAAAAGGUGAAAUAAAAUCCUUAAACAGCAGGGCACUUCAGUUCAACCCGCAGUGAAAUGUGCAUUGGACAGAGGUGGCCUCCACCUGCACAUCUACACUCACUGAAAGCACCAGCUUUUGUGUUUAAAGUAACAAGAUGUGUAGGUGUGAUCUCCUCAAAAUAAUCAAUGUUGUUCACGACAAUGAAGAAAGAUUUGACCUGAAGGAACAAGAUUCAACUUAAUACAGUUUUGGAACAACUUGUUAUUAAUUGAAGGAGGGAAACGUUUACUCACCGCACAUGAAGAGAACUUGUUGUGGGUCUUGUCAGGGCUUUAGUUUGACAAUAAGCAAAAUAUAGAACAUCACCAGACGUAACCUUUAACAAGUACAAAUGAGUGGUUAAUUAAAGGACAAGGUUUCAAUGAGUGAAGUUUUUACCAUCACUGCCUCUAUACAGAAUCAAGAGACUUUUAUUAUGAACGCCAUGGAGCUCUGAGCGUUCUGAAGGCUUGUGGUGGCUGUCACUCAUCCUCAUGAUAAAACUGAAGAUACAAAGUGGACACUGUGAUAUUUGUCAGUGUUUCACAGAGGUCAUAUAAUGUCUGAUUUGUCUGUGUUUAUCAGUCUGCUGUAGGUUCUCCAUCUGCAACUCUGCCGACAUCAUUAAUGCUGCUUCAGUGACACCAAAAGUUGUGUUGCAUAUUUGACUUGCUUUGUGAAAGUUAUCAACUCCUCGAAAAAGGAGUUUUUCUUCAGCGUGCUGUAUCACAAUAUAUUUUGAGUGUAUGUUCUCAGUGCCAUAGAAUCAUGCUGAUGUCAUUUUUUGAAUGUUAACCACCUUUGAUGGUGGAGAUGUCGAUCUAUUCUCGUGGUCACAUUUGAAUGCUUUACAUGGAUUCUUUUCCAUAAUCCCUUCCACACAUUGCUGUUGUGAAGUAACUGUGACGGAGUCAACAACACGACUCAUCUGACCAACUACAAAAUGCUUUCCAGAACAGACGUGACCUGUGAAGCAUGUCAAGCUUGUGGUCGAUGCUGCUGUUUGAAUUUUGAAAAUAUGAAAAAUGUUUACUUAUUGAAGAAACCAGCAUGAUUUUGCACAAUUAAAAACUACACACCACUUCACUGUAA